UUUACGUCACGUGAUGACGCCACAGACCCGGAAGGAAGCCUGUGUUGUCGCAGCAGCUCAGCUGAUCUUCCUCCUAAGCAGACGAACAAAACCUCACAGCUGCUGUUAGCUGUUAUCUGCUAUCUGUUGUGUUGUUGUUGUUGUUGUUGUUGUUGUUUACUUUGCGUCGUCAUCAUGAACGUGACGCUUGCGGUGAAGCAGUACAUCUCCAAGAUGAUCGAGAACAGCGGGCCCGGAAUGAAGGUUCUGCUCAUGGACAAGGAGACGACCAGCAUCGUCAGCGUGGUGUACACUCAGUCAGAGAUCCUGCAGAAGGAGGUCUACCUGUUUGAACGCAUCGACUCUCAGAGCAGAGACAACAUGAAGCACCUGAAGGCCAUCUGCUUCCUGCGACCCACAAAGGAGAACGUGGAGCAUCUGAUCCAGGAGCUGCGGAGACCAAAGUACAGCGUCUACUUCAUCUACUUCAGUAAUGUGAUCAGUAAGAGUGAGAUCAAAGCUCUGGCUGAGGCUGAUGAACAGGAAGUGGUGGCUGAAGUUCAGGAGUUCUACGGAGACUUCAUUGCUGUGAAUCCUCACCUGUUCUCUCUGAACCUGCACGGAGUUGCCAGGGGGCGGAGCUGGGAGUCCUCCAUGUUGUCUCGCUGCACUCAGGGUCUGACCUCCGUCCUACUGGCUCUGAAGAAGUGUCCGAUGAUCCGCUAUCAGCUGUCCUCCGAUAUGUCCAAACGUCUCGGCGAAAGCGUCAAGCAAAUCAUCACCAAGGAGUACGAGCUGUUCGACUUCAGGAAGACCGAAGUUCCUCCUCUGCUGCUGAUCCUCGACCGCAGUGAUGACGCCAUCACACCGCUGCUCAACCAGUGGACCUACCAGGCGAUGGUCCACGAGCUGCUCGGUCUCAACAACAACAGGAUCGACCUGUCCAGAGUGCCGGGGAUCAGUAAAGACCUGAGGGAGGUGGUUCUCUCUGCGGAGAACGACGAGUUCUACGCCAACAACUUGUACUUGAACUUUGGGGAAAUCGGCACCAACAUUAAAAACCUGAUGGAAGAUUUCCAGAAGAAAAGACCCAAAGGACAACAGAAGCUGGAGUCCAUCUCUGAUAUGAAGGCCUUCGUAGAUAACUACCCUCAGUUUAAGAAGAUGUCGGGCACCGUGUCCAAACAUGUGACGGUAGUGGGCGAGUUGUCUCGGCUGGUGUCGGAGCGUCAGCUGAUGGAGGUGUCGGAGCUGGAGCAGGAGCUGGCCUGUCAGAACGACCACUCCAACGCCCAGCAGAGCGUCCGCCGGCUGCUGCAGAAUCCUCGUCUGUCGGAGCUCGACGCCGUCCGGCUCGUCAUGCUGUACGCUCUGAGAUAUGAGCGCCACAGCAGCAGCAUCCUCCCGGCUCUGAUGGAUGAGCUGAGCCGGAGGGGAGUGUCCGAACGCCACCGCAGGAUGGUGAAGUCAGUGGUGGAGUAUGGAGGGAAGAGAGUCAGAGGAAGUGACCUCAUCACGCCAACAGAUGCUGUCGCCAUCACCAAACAGUUCUUCAAAGGCCUCUCAGGUGUGGAGAACGUGUACGCUCAGCACCAGCCGCUCCUCCACGACACUCUGGAUCAGCUGAUUAAAGGUCGACUGAAGGACAGUCAGUUCCCGUACCUGGGAGCCAGCAGCCUCAGAGACAGGCCGCAGGACAUCAUCGUGUUUAUGAUUGGUGGAGCGACGUAUGAAGAAGCUCUGACCGUCUACAACCUGAACCGCAGCACACCUGGAGUCCGGAUCGUCCUGGGAGGAAGCAGCAUCCACAACACCAAGAGUUUCCUGGAGGAAGUGAUGUCAGCGACGGGUCACAGCAGCGACAGAGCACCAGGAGGAAGUGGUCGCCAUGGAAACAGACGCUGAAGCGCUCUCGGAGACAAAAAAACAACAUUCCCUCUGAGUGUCUCUGAGGCGGCGGCCAUGUUUGUUUGUGUGUUUGUUCCAGUGACUCUGUGGAUGAAGUGUAAUGUUCCUUUAAUGUGUCUGAAUGUUUAAGUCGAAAUAAAACGAUAAAGACCUGC